CACGGGCCCUCAGUUCGACACCUCCGUGCCGGACAACCUGACGUCGCUCGUGGGCAAGGAGGCGGAGCUCAAUUGCCGCGUCAAGAACCUCGGCAACAGGACGGUGUCUUGGGUGAGGCACCGCGACAUCCACUUGCUGACGGUCGGCCGCUACACGUACACCAGCGACCAGCGCUUCGAGGCCGUGCACUCGCCGCAUUCAGAGGACUGGAUGUUGCGCAUCCGGUACCCGCAGAAGAAGGACUCCGGCGUCUACGAGUGCCAGAUCAGCACCACGCCGCCCAUUGGCCACCAGGUCUACCUCAACAUCGUGGAGCCACGCUCCGAGAUCUUGGGCGGACCCGACAUCUUCAUCGACGCGGGGAGCACCAUCAACCUGACGUGCCUCGUCACAUACCCCCCAGACCCGCCUCCCGACAUGGUCUGGACGCACAACGGCAAGGUGAUCAGCUUCGAUUCUCCUCGGGGCGGCGUGAGCCUUGUGACGGAGAAGGGCGCCGCCACCACCAGCCGGCUGCUGAUCCAGAAGGCGGUGCCCACAGAUACCGGCCUCUACACGUGCACACCCUCCAACGUCGCGCCUGACAGCGCUCGCGUGCACGUGCUCAGUGAUCAGACGCCGGCCGCCAUGCAACACAGCGACGCGUCACCCGAGCCACGUGGGCUGCACGUGCACGUGGUGCUACUGUUGUUGCUGUGGGCGGCCAGCGCUGUCUGCUAGCACCGACGGGACUACGGCGGAGACGGACUUGCUGACCACGCCUUCACUUUCAUCGACGCGGCCGAGGGCACUGCAGCGGGUUUCUACUAUGCGUCCGAUGUCCCGGUCACCGGAGGCAGAGCGGAGAAUCUUCUGCCACUAACUUCCGCAACAGUGUCCACGGUCCUAACAUUGGCGGUGAUAUUUCGUCACUGUUGGUUGCUGUAUCCAUCACUGGCUCCAGAAAAGAGAACCUGAAGAAUGUGAUAUUCGAGAGGCGAAAUAAUC